AAAGGGGGAACAGAUUACGAAAAACCGAACGCAUUUGCUCUCGCCAAAUCCUAACGCCAUAUCCUCCGGAUUUUGAUGGAAUACACGCUGAAUAAUUCAUCUACAGGCUUCCAAGAACUAUCGGUCAGAGCCCCUGUAGCUGCUUCUUCAGAUCAUGAUAACCUGCAAUUUUCGUUGAACUAUAGCCCUCGUGAUCUUGGAGACAUGUCGACCACGUUUUCUCAGGCUGAGAAUGAAGAUAUACAGAAUGGGAUUGAACACCCAAAUGAUAUUUCAGAAGAAAUCUAUACAUAUUGUAGCGAUGAGGGCUCAGACAGCGACUUGGAUGACCCUGUGCUGUGCAGAACAGGGCUCAGGCUAUUCACAUACAAUGGGAAGAUGGAGCUAAAUCGGGGGGAUGUCGUUCUGAGCAUUAAUGCGGGAGGACAGGCAGUGCAGGAUGCUUUGUUGGGGCUGGAAUUAAAAAAUGAUGUAUUCUUUACUGGAGGGGAUGUGCUGAGAACAGAGGAGAACAUUGCAGAGGACGGUUCCUGUGUCUACCAGUCUGCUCGUUAUGGAGAUUUCUGCUACAUUAUUAAAGACCUCCCUGCAGGAGAUUAUUUUGUGGACCUUCAUUUUGCAGAGAUAGUAUUUACCAAUGGGCCUCCUGGGAUGAGAGUUUUUGAUGUGUUCAUACAAGAUCAUAAAAUUCUGUCAGAGCUGGAUAUAUAUGCUCGUGUGGGUUCAAACACUCCACUUGUUCUGAUGGAUGCAAAGGCAAUGAUUGCUAAAGAUAAUACAUUAACAAUAAGAUUCCAGAGUGUUAUUGGAAGUCCUAUUGUUUGUGGAAUUUGCAUUCGAAAGGUGCCCUUGCUUUCAGGUUCAGAACCAGAACCAUCAAUUGUUGGAUGCCAUGAGAACCUCAAAAGAAGCAUUGAUGCGGCUAAUGGCAAUGCAAUUCAAGAAGCUGUCAAUAAUCAGUUACACGGAACAAGAAGUGGUAAAAACAUGGAGCACAGGGUUAGAAGAAAAACUGCCAAGUAUAUAGAGGAGUAUGAAAAGAAAAUUGAUGAGCUUACUAGAGAAUAUGAAUUGAAGAAAAAUGAAUGUCAUGAAGCAUGGAUGUCCCUCAACGACUCCAACCAUCAACUUGAGAUGCUGAGGAUUGAACUUGACAGCAAGUCAUUUCUUGUUCAAUCUCUAGAACAAGCCAUAGAGGGCCCAUCUUCUCAGUUAAGGGAGCUUCAAGAGAAUUAUAAGAGAGAGAAGAAAUUUAUGGCUUCAUCAGUUUCGGACUUGAGAGCUCAAAUCCAGCUCCUAAAGAAAGAUUACAUUAUACUAUCAGAAGAGGCACAUAACUGUGCCACUGCCAUUCCUAAUCUCAGCGGAAUGACAUCUGCCGUGCAAGCUCUGGUUUUGCAGUGUGAAGACCUCAAAGUAAAGUACACCAAUGAAAAUGCAGAAAGGAAAAAGCUUUAUAAUAAGGUUUUGGAACUAAAAGGAAACAUUAGGGUAUUCUGUAGGUGUCGCCCAUUGAGUUCCGGAGAAACUUUAGCAGGUGCUUCUUCAGUGGUGGAAUUUGAUGCAGCCAAGGAGAAUGAAUUGAGUAUUCGUGUAAAUGGGACUUCAAAGAAAGCAUUCAAAUUUGACCGUGUUUUCACUCCUCAAGAUGAUCAGGUGGCCAUUUUUGCGGACACUGCACCAGUUGCUGUGUCUGUUUUGGAUGGAUAUAAUGUUUGCAUUUUUGCUUAUGGGCAAACUGGAACUGGGAAAACAUUCACAAUGGAGGGAACAGAAGAAAACCGAGGAGUUAACUACCGCACAUUGGAGGAGCUGUUUCGAGUAGCUACUGAAAGAAAUGGACUAUUUAAAUAUGAUAUCUCUGUAAGCGUGUUGGAAGUUUACAAUGAGCAGAUACGUGAUCUACUGGCAUCUCCACCUCACCAUGGGCAAAUUGUUAAAAAGCUUGAGAUAAAACAAGUAGCUGAAGGUGUUCAUCAUGUUCCUGGACUUGUUGAAGCACAAGUGCACAUAAUGAGUGAAGUGUGGGAAGUGUUGCAAACUGGAAGCAGUGCUAGAGCAGUUGGUUCCACCAACGCUAAUGAACAUAGCAGUCGAUCUCACUGCAUACUUUGUGUGAUGGUAAAGGGAGAGAGCUUAGUCACUGGGGAGUGCACCAGAAGCAAGUUGUGGCUUGUUGAUCUGGCAGGAAGUGAGAGAAUAGCAAAAACUGAUGUACAGGGAGAACGUCUUAAAGAAGCCCAGUCUAUCAAUAAAUCACUUUCUGCCCUUGGUGAUGUCAUAUCUGCCUUAGCAACCAAAAGCAGCCAUAUUCCUUACAGGAACUCCAAGCUCACACAUCUGCUACAGGAUUCCCUAGGAGGAGAUUCAAAGACGUUAAUGUUUGUGCAAAUUAGUCCCAAUGAGAGCGACUCGGGAGAAACCCUAAGCUCAUUGAACUUUGCCACAAGAGUCCGGGGCAUAGAACUAGGUCCUCCAAAGAAACAACUUGAUUCCAGUGAACUUUUAAAGUACAAACAAAUGUUUGAAAAGGCCAAACAAGAAGUAAGGAUGAAGGAUGACAUGAUAAAAAUGAUGGAAGAAAAUACACAGAACAUGGAAGCUAAUCUCAAGGGGAGAGAACAGUUAUGUAGAACACUUCAUGAUACGGUAAAGGAACUAGAAGAACAACUUGAAACCAUGCAUAAAGAGCACCAGGAACAGUUGGACAAAGAAAACAUGCAAUACCUUGAAAAGCUAAAUGAAAGAGAGCAGAUUUGCAUAAAUCUUGAAGAGAAGGUAAAACAACUUCAAGGGCUAUUGGAUUCCAAGAUAAAAGAGCAGCAACUACUGUCACAAAAGUUGUCUGAGAAACCACCAAUAGUCCUUCAAUCAGGGGAAUUGAGAAGCAUUCCUGAAAAUGCUCCUUUUAGAAUGGAUGAGAAUAAUAUGAAUGAUCCAUUAACAGAGAAUAAAUUGGGACCAUAUGUAAAGGACAAUGUGAUAGCAGGCACAGAACUAAUUGACAAACAGUUAAAAGAACUUGAAGAACAACCUGAGUCCAAGUUAAAAGAUCAGCAAUUGGAGAAAUCAAUGAUUGUCCAUCAAUUAGAGGACUGGGGAAAAAUGAAUGAAUGCACUCCUUUUAGAACCGAUCCUACUCUAGUGAAUCCUUUAACAGAGAGUAAAUCUAGAGUGGCUUCAAAGGGCAAUGCAAUUGCAGGCAAAAAAAUAACCCAAGAGAGGGAAUCGUUAACAAAGAUAAAUGCAACUGAUUUUUCUGGAUUUUGUCCAGAAAGAGGUAUUAUUGUACAGAAAGAAAAUAAUGGGAAGUUGGAUGAUCUACCUUCUAAAACUCUUCCAAAAGGAAUUGGGCGAGCUUCCUGCCCAAUGGUUCAAAGGGCAACUGCAUCUUCUGCAAUGAGAAGAGUUACUGUGCUUCCUUUACCUGUUAGAAAGAACCAGAUGUCUGAGCUACCUUUCUUGGAUAAGAAUGGAGGAAUGGGAAACAAUGGUGAUCACCAAAUACAGCAAUGUGAUAUUAAUUCUCGAGGGCUACACACAGCAAACCGAGUCCGCAAUGGGAUCCAAGGAAAAGUCCAGUUUAGAGGGCCAAAUGUUGUUGAGGACAGAAAGAAGAGAAAACAGAUUACAACUAGCAACGAGGAGGAAAUUGCAAUUAACGCUUCUGCCACUCUAAUGUCAGGGGAGCAAAACCUGCACUCUGUUGAUAAUGGUAGAUUAAAGCCUUUAAGCUCCGCAAGAACCAUUGGGAAAGGAACUAUUGGUCCUCAAAAAAUCCUCCGUGGAAAGGAAAAGCCAAUCAGAGGAUGGAGCAGAUAGGUGACACCACUUGCUUAUAUUUGGGCUUUGCUUGAUUUGUUUGGGUUAUUUUUCUGCUUUCAUUUUUAACCUGUAACAUAUGUAAUAGAUUGAUAGCGGCUGUGUAACAUUUUUAUCUUCGAGUUGAUAGCGGCUGUGUACAUCCCACCAACAGAAGCCUUUUUCAACUGCCAUUUUAACAGAAGCCUUUUUCAACUGCCAUUUUAUUGGUCAAAUGGAUAAUUGUAGUGGGGAGAGCCUUGACCUUGAAAUUUGAGGUCAGAGGGCCUUGAGGUUUGGCCUUGAGGUUUGGCCUUGAGGUUUGAGGUCAAGAUUUUAUCAUAGGAUCCUAAUGAAAUGUUCACAGAGCAUAAUUAAUGAAAAUUAGUUUUCCAUUUGGCAGCUAA